AUGAGUAAACAGUCACAAAUGACGAAUUUUUUUAAACGACCGCCGAAAAAAUCGACUUCAGAUGAUCAAAAUUCGAAUAAACAUAAUUUGGAAACUACCGACAAAAUUAAUGAACCACCUCUCAAAAAGGUAAAAAUAUUAAAAUAUAAUGAUAGUUAUAUUGAAUAUGGUUUUACAUACUUUAACGAAAAUGGAACUGAUGUUCCUCAAUGUGUUAUUUGUAGUAUGACAUUGGCAAAUGCAUCACUAAAACCAAAUAAGCUCAUUAGACAUCUUGAAACAAACCAUGCUCAUUUGGCAGAAGAAGCAUUAAAAGUACUCAUUCCAUUUUCUACUACAUAUUUAUGUGAAUACGGAUUUUCUACAUUGACAGCAGUAAAAAAUAAAACUAGAAAUCGACUGGAAAUUUCAGCAACCAUGAGACUAAGCUUAACAAACUCUAUAAAGCCGAGAAUUGACGACAUAAUUUCAAACCAACAGCAACAACCAAGCCACUAA